UGUUUUUUUGUAUUCACCAGUGAUUAUUUCAACUAAUGUAAAUACAAAUGUAAUAUACCAUAUAUUAUUGUUUAAUAUUUAAGAAACUGUGUAAUAUGUAGACUGAAGUAAAUUAUAUAAUUUAAAUAAUACAUAUUAAGUAAAUAAGGUAAACUUAAACAGCCAAACAAACAAACAAAACAAAAGAAUAUUAAAAAUUAAGAAUGUAAGAAGAAAAUAUUUUACGCGUUAAUUACAACAAACACAUUUUAAUUAAAUAUACUGAUGUGUGUGUUUUGAGCGUAAGUCUCCAAUGCAGUAACAACUCGACAACAACAAUAAUCAAUUGAAAUUUUAAUGUAAAUAAGUGAAAAUUCGUUGUGAAAAAGUGAAAAUAGCAAUUUAAUGAUAAUCUAAUAUACAAUACAUGUAUAUUAUGUGUAUGUGUAUUACUAAGUAAACGAAAUUAUGCAAAAACAAAACCUGAAUUUAUUUGUCAACUAGUUUUGUUUAGACAUUUAGUUAAUAUAUUGUAAAACUACAAAAGUCAGCAUCUCAUGCAUUUAUUUAAUUAUAUUUAUCUGAAUUGAAGUGUAAACAUACUUGUAUUUCUUCUCGUAAUAAAACUAAAAUCAUUAGUGUUAUUAGACGAGUGUGAUGUUCAAGCAGUUACAGAAAUAAAAAUAAAACCCUAAUCGCAUAUUUAUGUAUGUAAAAUCCAGUUUUCUAUUCAAUGUGCAGGAUAUGGAACGUAAAUAAUGUAAAUAUGUAUGUGUAUUGUUUGUUUAAAUAUGCAAAAAAACAAUUUAUGAGCGGUAAAGCUAAUAUUUAUCUCUCUUUUGUAGGUGUGAACAGACAACUGAGGUUGUGAGCUGAGUUGAGCUUAGAGUUUUGCAAGUAAACGAAGCAUCCACGUGACUGCAUAUUUAUUGAUGAGCUGACUGAAGUGAAUGAACAACUACACCAUCUCCGUGGACAGCAUAACGAUCACAUCGAGUAAGUACAAUUUGCGACGCCAAACACGAAAGGACUCGACCAACUACAGCAGCGCAGCAGCAAGUAAAAACAAAUUGACCACCGCAGCAGUGACCGCAGCGGAGCUACAAUCAUGCCACACAAACUACGACAGCAGCAGCAGCAGCAGCAGUGGCGGCUCACUUAUCGAAGCACCACAGCACGCCAUGAAGACCGAUUUGCAUGCGGCCGCCACCUGCUCGAGCGAUGAGCAGGCCAUCGCCAAUAAUCCAACCGCGCUCAUAGCACUCCAACAAUUGGCCUCCAUUUCGUCGGUGCAAUCGCUGGAGCGCAUAAUGCCAACUUUACGCAAAAAUCUGCUCGUCAAUACGGAUAGUUUGUAUGCAAAUCGUUCGGGCAAAUUGCCGCGGCAAAGUUCGAAACGUCUGUCCCAGUUCGAGACCAAUCGUUGUCCGCUAUGUUCGCGCGUUUAUCGCUCUCAGGCUUUCCUCAAUGAGCACAUGCGCAAAGAGCAUUCGGUUUUGAUAUAAACAGCCAUUGAAUUGUACAUACAAACAUACAUACAUACAUACAUAUUAGCAGUUGUGCAUGUGUAUGUGCGCACACAUACUUGCCGUGCAUUGACUGUACAUAACAGCUUUAAUGAAGCCACUGAGCGUAAUUUUAAAAUUAAAAAUUAAAAAUUAAAUAAAAUUUAGUAUGCAUUUUUGUUUAAGGGCGUCUUUCAGAACAAAUAAAUAUAUAUAAACAUAUGUACAUAUUUACAUAUUUUAUAUUGUAUAACCGUUUAGACAACGUACAUAGAUAAUAACUAUUUGAAAGAAAAUAAUUGUUUUAAAAAUCUAACAGCGCAACAAUAAUUUUUGUUACAUACAAACAUAUACAAAAAUUAAUAAAAAAUAAUAAGGAUUAAUUAAACACAACAGCGCCCUAUAAACAAAACUAAAAUAUUUCAACUGUCAAAUAACUAACUGUACUAUUAUGAGAUAUGCAAAAUUUGUUAAAAACGGAAGAUUGUUCAAAUUUUUUAUGUUAAUAAUAAAAAAGAAUAAAUUUUAUAAAAUAUGUUUGUACGAUAUUUAUGUUAUUAGCGUGGCAGUCAGUAGUUUAUGUAACGGUUGUUUUUGACAAAUUAAAUAGUAUAUCUAGUAAAGCGCUGAUAUACAUAUACACAUACAUAGCAUGGUUGUAAAUGUAUUCGUUGAUUUUGGUGUUAUAGAUGUCUAAUUAAGUUAGGUUUGAGCUGAAGUUUUUAUUUUAUAUUUGUUUUGUGUACAAUUUGAUUUCAAAAUACAAUAAUACUGCAGAUGAAAGCCAAGAAAAGUGUAUGUAAAUAAUAAUAAUUGUAUAUACAUACAUAAUUUCGAAAAUAUAUGCAGCAUAAAAUGAGUUGUUAUAUAA